CAGGGGACUUGAAACCAGCGUCAGACAGAAGCAGAGCACGUGGUGGGCUCCUGCCCAGACAGGGGUCCCUUGACAACGGUGCAGGGCUGAGGUACUCGGGACCAGGCGACGAACCCAUAGAAAGGAAACAAAGCCCAUCUGCAUCCAGGGAUCCAAACCAAAAAUACGACCAAAGGGAGGGGGGUGACCACUCACAGUAUGCCCCGACGGACGGCGGCAUGCCCAGAUCACCGUCCGACUAUGGGGAUGGGGACCCUCGGCGGGCUCCGCGGGGCCCUAACAUGUACCCAGAUGCGGAUGCGGCACGGACGAGCUACCGGGACCGGCGGGGCCCUGGACGCUGGCACUCCCAGGAAUACCCACUGGACCAGGAGCUAGAUGGACCGCCCAGUGAGUAUGACCUCCAGCGGCAGCGCCAAGAGGAGUUCCAGACACGCUACCGCAGUGACCCCAACCUGGCACGCUAUCCUGUUAAGCCACAGCCCUAUGAGGAGCAGAUGAGGAUGCAUGCUGAGGUGGGCCGAAUGAGACACGAGCGCCGCCACAGUGAUGUCUCCCUGGCUUACACGGAGCAGGACGACCCUGGGCCCAUUCGGCUGUCCCGACAGCAUCUCACCGAGCGCCGGCCGCCUAUGGUGGGACAGCGCUCCUACUCUGUUGACCGGUCUUCCCCAGGGCCCAUGGGUCCUAGCCUUGGGGGUCACAGAACCUCCAACCACAGCCCCCCCACGCCACACCGAAGCCCUGUGCUGGGUGACCGAUCCGGGGACCUGCGGAGAGGAGACCUGGGUGGGGGUGGGGAUCCAAUGAGGAGGCAGCAACACCAUUUGGACCCCAGUUCAGCUGUCCGCAAAACCAAGAGGGAGAAGAUGGAGAGCAUGUUGAGGAACGACUCUCUCAGCUCGGACCAGUCGGAGUCAGUGCGCCCGCCACCCCCCAAGCCCCAUAAAACCAAAAAGGGAGGGAAGAUGCGGCAGGUGUCACUGAGCAGCUCAGAGGAGGAGCUGGCCACUACACCGGAGUACACCAGCUGUGAGGAUGUGGAGAUAGAGAGUGAGUCAGUCAGUGAGAAAGGAGAUUUGGAUGGCCAUUGGUGGGACCAUGCGUCUUGGCAUAGCAGCGAGGCCUCCCCAAUGUCUUUGCACCCGGUGACGUGGCAGCCGUCCAAAGAUGGGGAUCGCCUAAUAGGGCGGAUUUUGCUCAACAAGCGAAUGAAAGAUGGAAGUGUGCCUCGAGACUCAGGAGCUCUGCUUGGUCUAAAGGUGGUGGGAGGCAAGAUGACAGAAUCUGGUAGACUUUGUGCUUUCAUCACUAAAGUGAGGAGAGGAAGUCUAGCAGACACUGUGGGACACCUCAGACCAGGUGACCAGGUUCUGGAGUGGAACGGGAAGCUUUUACAAGGAGCCACAUUUAAAGAAGUUUACAAUAUCAUACUAGAAUCCAAGCCUGAGCCGCAGGUGGAGUUGGUGGUCUCACGGCCUAUAGGAGAUAUUCCAAGGAUACCAGACAGCACACAUGCACAACUGGAAUCAAGUUCGAGUUCUUUUGAGUCUCAGAAGAUGGAUCGUCCAUCCAUCUCCGUCACAUCCCCCAUGAGUCCCAGUAUGCUGAGGGACGCCCCACAGUACCUGUCAGGACAGCUUUCAGUCAAACUGUGGUAUGACAAAGUGGGCCAUCAACUAAUCGUCACCAUCCUGGGAGCCAAAGAUCUGCCCCCAAGGGAAGACGGCCGGCCCAGGAACCCUUACGUCAAAAUCUAUUUCCUCCCUGAUAGAAGCGACAAAAGCAAGAGGAGAACAAAAACGGUAAAGAAAUCCUUAGAGCCCAAAUGGAACCAGACCUUUAUGUACUCGCCGGUGCACCGGCGGGAGUUUCGGGAGCGCAUGCUGGAGAUCACACUGUGGGACCAAGCCAGGUUGAGGGAGGAGGAGAGCGAAUUCCUGGGGGAGAUUCUGAUUGAGCUGGAGACGGCUCUCCUGGACGACGAGCCACACUGGUACAAGCUCCAAACACACGACGUAUCCUCCAUCCCCCUCCCACGUGCCUCCCCGAACACGCAGCGCAGACAGCUCCAUGGAGAGAGUCCAACGAGGCGGCUGCAGAGAUCCCAGAGAAUAAGUGACAGUGAGAUCUCCGACUACGAUUGUGAAGAUGGUGUUGGGGUAAUAACAGACUACCGGUCGAAUGGCAGAGACUUCCAGAGCUCCACAUUGUCAGUCCCUGAGCAGGUGAUGUCAUCUAACCACUGCUCUCGGUCAGCUGAUAUAAACAGGGCCCGGUCACGCUCCCCCAGCGUUCCCCCGCCCUCCAGGAACCACGGAUCCAUGGAUAGACACGAGUAUCACAGCAGGUCCCGCUCUGCAGACCAGCGGCCCACUAUAGAGCGCCCCACAUCCCGCUCACGCUCCACUGAACGCCCCCACGACUCUUCGCUCAUGAGGUCCAUGCCGUCUCUGCCAUCUGGGAGGUCCGCCCCCCCCUCACCUGCCUUGACGAGGGCGCAUCCUCGUAGUGGAUCGGUCCAGACGAGUCCCAACAGUACCCCGAUGUCCAGCAGACGAGGACGACAACUACCACAGCUUCCACACACAGGGAAGGACAGAAAAGAUGGAGACGAAGGAACAGAGCCUUGUGAAGGUAUGGACAUGGAAGAGAGAACCAGGCAGAUGAAGCUGAAGAUGAACAAGUACAAGCAGGGAGCUGGCUCUGACUCCAGACUGGAGCAGGACUACCACAAGCGUUCAGGCAGAGAUCCACGGGGCUCCGACAACCUGUCGGCCAAGUCAUCGGACAGUGAUGUAAGCGACGUGUCCGCUGUGUCGAGAACUAGUAGCGCCUCUCGGUUCAGCAGCACGAGCUACAUGUCUGUCCAGUCCGAAAGGCCGCAAGGAAAUCGCAAGAUCCGUGACUUUGCAUCCAAAAUGAAAAACAGGCAAAUGGGCUCGACAGGCGGGAUGAACAUCACCAAGAGCACAAGCAUCAGUGGCGACAUGUGCAACCUGGAGAAGACGGACGGCAGCCAGUCGGACACGGCGGUUGGCACGGUAGGCACUGACGACAAGAAGAGGCGCUCCAGCAUUGGUGCCAAAAUGCAGGCCAUGGUUGGCAUGUCGCGCAAGAGCCGGAGCACCUCUCAGCUCAGCCAAACAGAAGCAGGAGGUAAGAAGUUGCGCAGCACUAUACAGAGGAGUACAGAGACGGGCCUGGCGGUGGAGAUGAGGAGCAGAAUGACUCGGCAGGCCAGCCGGGAGUCCACUGACGGCAGCAUGAACAGCUACAGCUCCGAGGGAAAUCUCAUCUUCCCUGGUGUGCGGCUUUCCUCAGAAGCCCAGUUCAGUGACUUCCUUGAUGGCCUGGGUCCCGCCCAGCUGGUUGGACGUCAAACAUUGGCCACUCCACCUAUGGGUGACAUCCAGAUCGGUAUGGUGGAUAAGAAAGGAGCACUGGAGGUGGAGGUCAUCAGAGCCCGUGGCCUUGUGGGAAAACCAGGUUCCAAGUCACUGCCAGCACCGUAUGUAAAGGUCUACCUUUUGGAAAACGGAGUCUGCAUAGCCAAAAAGAAAACAAAAGUAGCAAGAAAAACCUUGGAUCCUCUUUACCAGCAGCCACUGCCGUUUGAGGAGAGUCCAGGAGGGAAGGUUUUACAGGUCAUCGUAUGGGGGGACUAUGGACGUAUGGACCAUAAAUCAUUCAUGGGAGCAGUUCAGAUACUGUUAGAUGAGCUGGACCUGUCCAACAUGGUGAUUGGCUGGUUCAAGCUCUUUCCUCCUUCCUCACUGGUGGACCCUACUCUGGCCCCACUGACAAGAAGAGCUUCCCAAUCCUCACUGGACAGUUUCUCUCGAUCAUAGCAGCGUGUGGACUGAUAGCGUUGUUGUAGCAGCCGGUGUUGCGAUGGCAGGUCACACCCCCCUAGUUACACUGCAUGCUUGAUGUUGUGUCUUCUGAGCCUGUUUCUAGGGGUGCAAACGUGAUCCUGUGUUUUGAGCAAAAGCGUUGCGCACAUUGUGCACUUGGCGAAGCGUGUUGCAAACGCCUGGUGGCCGGGAUUGCCAGGUGUUGUUGUUAAUGUUUGGAGGAAGCUGGAAUGAACUCCUUAGCACGAGGAAUCUGUCAGUUCCAGGUUUUCAUCCAAUUCGAAGCCAUGGGGGUCAGUACUGGGAACCUCUAAAUGAGUUCUACAGAAGCCCUUUUCGAAUGAAAAAUAAAAGUUGUGCUUUUAAUUUUAUUUCUUUCCUUUUUUUUUUUUUUUUUCUUUAAAUGUCUAUGUAAUUGUAUCUGAAGGGGUGAUAGUAUUUCUAAUCAGAUGCUUGGUCACGCCACGCCAACAGACCUAGCUGUGUAGAUGGAGUUGUGGAGACCACUUUGGGUGAGGUGUGUCCCAGCUUAAAUCCACACUCCCAAACUCGAAAGAAAUGCUUGACAUACUCAAGGUUUAUGUACUGAAUCAAACUGUACUUGUAAAUCACCAGAAAGACAGUAAAUCAGAGGCAAUAUUAAAGUGGCUACCAUCAACACUCCAGAAUAUACAGUAACAACCCAAACCCCAUGAAAAGAUGUACAAUCUACCAUCAUACUUUCUCUGUUGAUAUAUUGUAUGAAAAUUAAAUGAGAAAAAAUAUUUUUUCCCUUUUUAGUUCAUUUGCAUGGACACAAAUUUAGCUGAAUAAAAAAAAGAAAAAUUAUUUUCUUGAGGCUGCAACUUGCAAAAAAGAUGAAAAAUAAAUAAAACAGAUCAGCCAUUUUCAACAAUUUAUAUUAUUUUUAAAGAUAAAUUUCACUAGUGCAUGGUUUUCAAGGGGAGUGAAUGCAACAUCGUGACAAAAAAAUGACAUUGUUUAUCAUUCUUUAGACCAUUCGUUAGUCUGUGUUUUACAGACAUACAGAUAAGGGAAACUUAAAGGAAACUUUUGGAGUUAUUUAACAGAAAAUGUUUAUGUGACAAAAAGUGAUAAUGAAAAUAAAUGUAAAUUAUUUAUUUCAUUGUAAAAAGGCUCAGGCCUUAUAAAGAUAAACAUAAUGUGCAAAUUGUACAUGUUUCUCUUUUUCUUCCUUGUCCCAGGGUACCUCUCAUUGUACUAUUCAUUGCUACCAUUGUUCAGUCCCCUGAUAUUGUCCAGAUUUUAGGACUGUUGGUUAUUUUACAGUUCUGUAUUGUUUCAGUAUGUAUUUUAUUUUGGAUUUGAUUUGUUUAACAAGCAUGUUGAAAAGGAUUUUCUGCAACAUGGCUUGGGCACACCUUACAGUAACUCAGCAUGUUUUGAUAAAGAUGAUAUUUGGAAUUUUUGCAGUUUCUUGUACAGUGCAUGUCAACUUCAUUACUUUUCUCCCUCACCUUAAAUUGAAUUCUACAGCAAAUUAGUUAUUGGUCUUCCACGGCCAAUUAUUGAAGUUUUAACAAAAACAUUCCACCCCCAAGGUCAUAUUUUCUUUCAGGUUUUUGAGAAAAAAAGUGACAAGGAAAAUAUUUUAUAUUUAAUGGAGGUUGAUGAAACAGUUGUGAUUGCAAGUGUAUUUUAUUUCAGUAUUGUUGACGAACAUGCAAAAAUAUUCUCUAUUGGUACAGCAGGAGGUCAAUACCUAAUCAAGAGGCAGAAAACAUGCAAGAGAUGUGUGUUGCUGUGGUUUAAUUUUACAGGCACUGUAUGUGAAGAAGAGCUAAACACAAGUUCAAAUAACAAGGGAUAUUGCCACAGAAAAUAUUUUGUUUUUCUUGUUUUAAUGAAAAUGAAAUUGAUUUACUAUAUUUUUGUUAGUUUUAUUUAAAAGCCAAGACCAGUUUAUUUUUUAUUUACUAUUUUUAGUAAUUAAAAUACUUCUCAUGUUUGGGAAGUAUACAAAUCUUAUAGUUGCAGUAUGUCUGAAUGAAAUUGAAUUGAGGCAUUAUUCCUUUUCCACAUGACGAUGAUGUGUUUUAAUGUCCAACAAAACCUUGUUGCUCUAACAGGCUACAGUAUAUAUUUUCAUUUCAAUUUCCAUUGUACAUACCUUUAGAUGUCAGACUGUGAAUAAACAAGCUAUCAUGAAUAGAUUACUCUUUUGGAACAGGAAGAAUGCCUCAUGUGAUGACAAAGACAUAUGUUAUUUAUCCUUUUGAAUGCCUUUUCAUUUUUUCUUUUUUGGUGCAAUGUGUUAAUGCCAAGGCUAUGUCUUGGUUAAGUAUGGUUGAGUACAGAGAUUUAUGUAAGUUAUUUUUCAAAUUAAAAAUAAAAAAAUGAUA